AUGAUUUCAUACGGAUUCAAUAUCUUCAGUGAUUCAGUUGCUGUAGUGAUGUAAUACCACUUUGAUUAUCUCCAACAACCUACAGAUAUUCUAAAAUUCAAACUCUAUCUCAUUCGUUCAUAUAGUAAACAGUUUCCUGAAAAUUAUGCUGAAACAACCAACGCCGGAGAAAGUGAUCGAUAUUAUUUGGUUUAGCGUAGCUUUGUCCUUUUGUUGGCCUCUUCCUAGUAACAGCAGUAGAGCACGAAUUCUCGUUUAUAAAUCGUUGCAGAUCAGUUGUAUCGUUAACGCUUGCUUGUUGCUUCUGGCUUUGAUAUAUGCGAUUUAUCUUCACUUAGAUGAUGUAUUUAUUAUUUCUGAAUGUAUCUGCCUAUUUAUAGGUGUAAAUCAAAUUGUGAUUCAGAUUAUCAUAUGUAUGAUCAAACACGACUCUCUGCAACGUGUGGUCGAAGAGAUGUUAAAUUGUGUUAGAGAAGCGCAACAAUACGAAAGAGAAAUUUACUGCAAACUCAUCACAAAGUGCAGCAUUUUUUUUGGAAGUUCUAUGGUGUGUAUAUACCUAACUUCGACUGCUUUUUCGAUAGGACCAGCAUUCAUGUCGGUAUAUUUCCCAUGUGACGCGGAAUAUCCGUUUCGCGUUAAUUAUACGCCAGUGAAUGUUAUCAUAUAUAUGCAUCAGGUUGUCCUCAGCUAUCAAUGCGCUGCUCAUAUAUGUCUGAGCAUAUUUGGUGCGCUUCUACUUUGGUUCUCGGCCGCGCGAUUCGAAUGUUUAAUCAUUGAAUUGAAAGAAACUACAAGUAUUAGCACGCUGAUUGUUUGCACUAAAAAACAAUUACGUUUAAGGAGAUACGCCGAAGAAGUGAUCAAUAUUUUGCGUCUUAUAGUACUUUACGCUAUAGUAGUAAAUACAGGAGUUCUUACUUUAUGUGGCAUCAUACUAUUACUGGAUACGCCAUUAAUAGUAAGAGUGCAGUUCAUAAUUUCGUGUUUGACUGUACUCACAGAAAUUUAUAUAUAUACAUGGCCAGCCGAUUACAUGAAAGACAUGAGCAUAAGUGUUUCCCGAAGUGCGUACGAUAUAAUAUGGUACGAACAGACAUUAGAAAUGCAAAAAGAUAUACUGAAUAUAUUGGCAUAUCAAGAACCAGUAACUCUUUCUAUCAGCUGCAUUAUACCGGAGCUUACUUUGCGUUACUUUUGUUCGGUAAAGCAUAAGCCAAAUUAUUAUUCAAAUAUCGAUUGAAAUUGCAGUAAUAAAGAUAUAGCUCUGUUUACUAUAUUUUAUUAUAUUAUUACCAUAUUUUAUUCAUUAUGUACAUAUAUUCAUCUUUUCGUAAUAAAAAAACGAAUAAUCAAUUAACAUGAUUUCGAAGUAAUGAAACUAGAUUAUAAAAUCAAAUAAAAUGAUAAAUAUAGAUAAAUAAAUUCACAUUAUAAUAUCAUAUAUUUUAACUAAUAUGUCACGUUACGAAAUGGGACUAGACAGAGUUUUUUGCAAAAUGAAAUUAAUAAUGAAAUUUCACGAGUUUCCAAUAUUAAUAAAUUUUGUUAUAAAAUCAAUAAAAUAAACUAAAGUGUUUUCGCAAGUAAAUUUCAAAGUUGAGAAAUUGACUGAUAGUCAUAUUCGUCAGUUUUACAAUUAGAAUGUAUCAACAGAUAUACAGGGUGAAGCAAUGAAUUACCAUCUUAAAUAUUUUUGUUAUUUUUGAAAAUAGCUUCGUUUAUAAAAGUUAUUCACAAAUGAGGAUAUCCAAUAUCAAUAAUUAAUAAUUUUUCAAGUAAUUUUUAAAAUAAAUAAUCGUUCGACAUACAUGGAUGAUUCUAUUUAAAACAGUAGAGAUUAUCUUGAAAUCUUGAAAAAUCCUUUCGGCUAUAAAAGAAACGAUUACUGCCAUGUUAAUACCUCUAUACUGAAACAACUUUUGUUAACAAAGUUUUUUCUUAUCUCCAAAGCUAGAGAUAUUCAAGGUGGUAAUAGUUAUUGCUUCUGUGUGUAUAAAAAAAUGAAUAACUAAAUGUCACAAUAAAUGUUCUCGCGCGAUUUAUAUGGCUUUCACACGUUUGACCAACAAGAAAGUAUUUUUCUUUGGUGGUAAAACUGGAUCGAGAGAUGAGCUAAUAACUAAUUUGUUUCGUUAUAUUCAUUAUAAUAUUAUUUUCAAUAUUAUUCACAUUUUCAUCUAAAAAUAUUAAUUUGUAGUAUACAAUGUAAUAUUGAUGCAGUAUAUGUAUGAAAGAAUUUGAGAUGAUUUCUUUCAUUCAAUCAAAUUACCAUAAAAUAGAGCUAACUAUUUAUAACUGCAAUUUUUAUAAUAUAUGAGUUUAUUAAGAAUAGCAUAUGAAUAAUUAAUUGAUAAUAUUUCAGUAUAUAUCCAACGUUUUCUCUAUCUUCACCGCUUUGCGAGUUGUGCUCGAAAAUAAUACAGAAUAGAUGCCUUCUAUGUAAAUUUUGAUUCAAACACUGUAAGUAAUGAAAUUUUUGUUUCUUGUCAUUAGAAUCUACUAAAAUUAGAAAACAUUGUAAAAUGUUUUAGAAAGUAUUCUACUAAAAUUAGAAGUAAUCUACUAAAAUUAGAAAACAUCGUAAAAUGUUUUAGAAAGUAUUAAUUUCUUUCACAGAAUAAAAUCAAUUAUUAGCACAUACAUAAUUUUGGAAUUGUAAUUGACAUUAUUUGCAAUUAUUCGAUUUACGAUAAUUAACAAAAUACAUUGCAGUUUGUCAAUUAACAGUUUUUUUUUAAUAUACUGUCAGUUUAUACCUUUAUGUACAUUUAUAACUAAAAGAAGACAAAAAAAUAUGAUAAGAUUUAUUUCAAACUGCAAUGUAUUUCCGUGAAUUAUUCCAUAAAUCAAAUAUGAAGUGAAAAAGAAAUAUUAAUUAGAAAUAUUCCUUCGAAAUAUUAAUUAACUCUUCUUCUACCCGUCCUUUGUGUCAAUUUUAUACAUAUUUUAAACAUUUUAUUAAAUGUUAUAUUAUUUUACAGCAUAUAGAUAUAAGACAAUAAUAUCUAUUUUCCUAACAUAUAAUAUACAUCUUUGACAUUUUCAAUAAUAAAAUAUGCUAGAGUUACAAAUAAUAUUCGUUUUCAAAUCUCUUGAAUCUCUUGAAGAAAUCAUUGUUCGCAUUUUCGUUUAAUCAUAUUGAUUUAUGAGAAGCGUAUAGUACAACAUUAAUAAUAACAUUAUAGCAUAACACGUUUGGAAGAAUUCGAUUUUUAAAUUGUUUUUUUUUUUAUUUAAAUAAUAAUUCUUUAACAGUAAUUUAACAAUAUGCAAAUAACAAAUUGAUGAUGUUUCAGUAUAUAUGUAUACCAUAUUCUUAUUAUGCAUUUCUUAUAUGAUUUCCUGACAAAAAGAAUUUCUUCAAGAAUGUGUAAGAAUAAAAAUUGAAAAAUUCCUUUUGCUGUUUAUUUUCCGUUUCUCUAUAAAAAUAAUUUCUUUUAUAUAAAAGUGAUAUAAUUUUCUUAUAUGAUUGUAAGUUCUACAGUAACAUACGUUUUUGUGACACUAGAAUCGAAACUAUGUAUAACAACAGAAGAAAUUAUGUAUUUUGUGAAAAAAAUUAAACCACGAAUGAUUUUGGUCAGCACUCAUUCAAAUCUAAAACAAUUCCUGACUGUAUUCAAACUGUACGUGGCUAGUGAAAAACUACACAUGCUGAUGAUUCGAAUUCGUUUGAUUAUUUGAAAUUUCUGAGAGACUGUAUAGAUGAUAAAGAAUACCUUAAAAAAGCGAAAAAUUAUUCGAAAGAACAAGAAACACGAAAAAAAAGAGCACUUACUUCAAACUUUCGCAAUUGUAUGGCCGAACAUAGUUAGCAUUUCAUAACACUUCAAAAAUUUUCAAUAUGCAAAUCAAUGCUAAACUUCAUUCGAACGUAUCACUAUACAGUGAUAGAUUUUUUACAAAAAAAACUCAAAUACUAACUUUACUAUUAUUGCUUAUUCACUUUGGAUAUUGAUGUAGUCCUUUGAUCAGUCUUACAGUAAUACAAGGAAAAAAGUGAGCAAAGCGCUUGGCUAUACUCGAAACAUGUAUUUCGACCACAUAAACGAGACUAGUUUCUUUUUUACCACUAGUUUAUUACAAGAAACGCAUAUCAAUGUAGAUUCUAUAUCUACAAAUUAUCACGUGUACUUUCUCUUUGGCAUUGCCGUUUACCCCAAGUAGUGCCGCGUUCCUGUAAAACAGUUCAAAGAUAUAAUUUAACGCACACAUAUGUGUAACGUACUUUUCUGUAAACUGUUCUAUUAUAUGUCCAUAAACAUUAGCUUGGUCGUAAUUGCCACCCUCUGUAUCUACCUGCUUUAUGCCACAAGCUGCGCCGAUGUAUAAUGCAAUCAAUAAUUAUCAGCGUCGAAAGAACCAGUAAGAACGUAGGAAGUACUAGCUCGCAGCAAAUCGCUAAUCAAUAGAUCGUCCUUAGACGUUACGGCCAGUGUAUGAUUUAUUAAAUUCUUUGCGCAUAAAGAAUAAUUUUAUACGGAUUCAACGUUUGCAGAGCUUCAGUUACUUUUCCAGCAAUGUAACAAUACCUUUGCACAUAUCAUUCUACUGCACCAACUAA